AGCCUCUCUGGUAUGCGGGCGUUAUUCUGAAGUAGUAUGAAACACAGCCUAUAGUCAUUUUAGAGAAAAACUGACCAGUAAGGCGAGGCGCAGCUGUAUCUGGAACACGUCUUGUAUGUGUCUGUGUGUCACUAGAUGGCGCACAUUCGGUGUUUGAGAGAGAGCGAAUCUGUUUAUUCACCACAGAGGAAGAGGAGACUGAGCGCGAGCUGCUGUUUUCACGUGGGCCCGGGUUAAGGAGAAUACAUGCUUUUAUUUCAUCUGUUAAUGCGGUGCUUCUCUGAAACAGAAAAUGACGGAGGCGUUCAGCAGUAACAGUGAGGCGGUCUUGCAGCGCACUGUGGAUGUAGCUUCCACUGAAUCAGACCACCAGGCUGGAGAUCUAGAGGGUCUAUAUCAGAUCAGUGACACCUGUCAUUUCAUUCAGAGCAAAGGUUUUAAAAAGGUAGCUUUGCAGUUUCCUGAUGAACUCCUGGUUGAUGCAGUAGGAGUGUCUGCAGCAAUCGAGAAGGAAACCAAUGUAAAGACGUACAUUUUAGGAGACACAUCCUAUGGCAGCUGUUGCGUAGAUGAAGUAGCUGCAGAGCACGUUGGGGCUGACUGCAUCGUGCACUAUGGCAGAUCCUGUCUUAGUCCAUCCAGAAGACUGCCUCUCAUGUAUGUGUUUGGGAAGAGACCAAUGGACGUCCAGAAGUGUGCUGAAACCUUCAGAGAACUUUACCCUGAGAGUGACAGCUGUGUGGUUGUAUUAUACAGUGUCAUUUACGCACAUGCCAUAGAUGACUGCAGAAAGCUCAUUGGUGCCUCUUAUCCCAACACUGUGUUCUCUGUUCUUAGACCAGAAUGUUCGGAUGGUCAAGAACAGGUUUACGGACUUCUCUCAGACGGUGAUCACUCAGACUGUCUGGGCGACAGGGUUGUCAAAAAAUUGGGCAGAUAUUUUAGGUUGAAAGAAGGGAAGAGCGUGGAGGAUUACAGUAUGUUCUAUAUUGGCCAUGAGGGUCUUACUCUUACAAACUUUAUGAUGACCUGGAACCGCUGUGCCUUCAGUUCAUUCGACCCCGAGACGUCCACAGGCCGAACCGAAUCCAUUAAUAUUAACAAAGCGCUCAUGAAACGCUACUACGCCAUUGAGAGGGCAAAAGAUGCCGGUGUGGUGGGCAUCUUGGUGGGCACGCUAGGAGUGGCUAACUACCUGACCAUCAUUGAUCAGCUGAAGGAAAGCAUUCGGAAGGCUGGAAAGAAAAGCUACAUGUUUGCGAUGGGCAAGAUCAACGUAGCGAAGCUGGCUAACUUCUUGGAAAUUGAUGUAUAUGUGUUGGUGGCUUGUCCAGAGAAUUCUCUGCUGGAUUCCAGUGAGUUCUACAGGCCUGUGGUGACGCCCUUUGAGAUGGAAGUGGCCUGCAACAAGCAUCGUGAGUGGAGUGGAGAGUAUGUGACAGACUUCCGUGACCUGCUUCCUGGAGGCAGCAGUCAUGUGGACUUCCCAGAGCCAGAUGAAUCCGCUAAUGAAGAGGACUCGACAGAUGUGUCGCUGAUCACUGGAGCCCUUCGUUCUUCCUGUUUACGUUCAUCCUCUGAGCCUGCGAACGCUUCAUCAGCGUCAUCACUGGUCAUCAGGAAUCAGACUCUGACUGUGGCCAACGCAAACCCUGCAGUUUCCUUUCUUGCAGGACGUAGUUGGCAGGGCUUGGAGCCCAAACUAGGAGAAACCCCGGUGGUGAAAGCUGUAGAGGGAAGACGAGGCAUUGCUAUUGCUUAUGAAGAGGAGGGCACAGACAAAAGAAACUGAUUCACCUGAUCAUACUGUACUUUCAACAGUACUCAGCAGACCAGGAGGAAAUGAGAACGAGAAGUAACCUAGACUGCAGCUCCAUAUGAUGUCAUACUAUGUAAUGGUCAUGUAACGAGGUUACAGUACAGUAGGGCUGGUUUUAAAAUUGUAAUGUAUGUCCUGUUUUGGGCAGUAAGACUGUUGGAACAGCUGAGUGUGUCCUGCUGUUGAAAGAUAGACAAACCUGGUGGUAUUAGCUUCGAAUGUGUCUUUAAAUAAAAGCUACAGAAGACAUGGAGGUACAGCACAACUGAGCAUGUGGCGAGCAGGUUGGUAAGCAUGAAAAGAAGACUGACACAAAAUCACCAGUCCAUUUAAACCUGAGCAAAAUCAAGUACUACAAUCAUCAGAAAGCCAAGUAUCCAAAGCAUAAAGGGUGCCAGAAUGUAAUUGACAUUUUACAACUAUUUAAAUAAAUAACAGAAAUGAAAGAUGAA